GUGCGUGGAAAGAUUGACGCUUAUUGAAUUGAGUCAUCCGCCGCGGGGUGGUCCCGUCCCACUCGGAGAUUGACGCGGCAACUGUUGCGUCAAGUCGUGUGGAAACAGCGGAAGGGAUUGCCGUGCCUGAGCACUCCACUAAGCACUUGACUUUGAAGUCACAUAGGCCUCGUGUCGAAAUUCCAACUUCUCGACCAGGCCUCACUCUAGCCGGAGAUGCCUCCGAAACCCAAGCAUCGCGACAUAGCCGGCUUUCUGAGCCGGGUGCGCAACUUCCUGCUGGGCCGCACCCACACGACGGCCCAUCGCUUCGCGGACAUGGUCUCUCCGCGCACUCAGCCGCCCCCAAACAUCCCUAGUGGUCCUACCCAGAGUCUCUUCGCCAACUACUACUACACCAGGGAUCCUCGGCGCUUGGUGAAGCCGUUCGUCGACGUGGUGCAGGAGCACAAGAAGAUGCUCGCCGCCAAGGCGAAGGAGGAGGAAGCAGCCAAAAAGGCUCAGGCCAAGUCUGGAGAUGCGCCGAAAGGUGGUAGCCCCAUCCCACCUGUCGAGUCCAAGGCUACUGAUACGAAUGAAUGCGAUGAAGGGGAUUCCGGCGCGAAGAAGCUCCCGACUCCUGGAAAGGUGCAUUCUUGGGAGGGGCCACACUAACCUCCUUCAAAUCCCCUGCUUAUUGAGAAACCCAGCUAAUUGCUUGUUCCAUUUCGAAUGCACUUUGCAAGUAUUUACGAUAUCAGGCAGGACCAUUAAACCGAUUCGCAGUGGAGCCAAUGCAGGCAGUCGUAAAAAUGUAAAUCUAAUUAGACGUCAAGGGUGAAAAUCAUUUAUGGCACCUGCAUGAAAAUUUAAUUAAGCACACACAAUUAUCGAAGUUACAAGCUGGGAAGGCGCAAAUCGAGGUCCAACGGGUUUGUUACAGGCCACAACAAUAAAUUUGCAUGCUUAAUAACGUUUAAUGCUAUCAAAAUUUAUAUUUACAAUUUAAAACGAGGCAAUUUGCCCGACGUUGAGUGGAUUAUGGGCCAUUGUUAAUGAUGAUUGCAGGUCGAUUGUUAAUUGUCUGGGCAUCACAAUUUAUGCUGAUGACUUUCGCCCAUCGAUUUAUUGAUUGAAGUUUGAUUUUGGCGCACAUCGCCGCCCACUCCGCCCCAAAAGCGACUGCCAUCAUUCAAACAGAAGCGAAAAUGUAAUCAAGUUUUGUGUGUUAUGCAAAAAAGUAAUAUUCUGCGCGCUAAGGGUGGCGCCCCUCGAUUUAUUGGAAUUACCCUUAUAAAGAGAAGACCCAGAUUGACUGGAGGGUUGACUGUUCCACUGAAAAGGGUGUCAAUUGCCAGGAAACUUCAGACUGUCAAGUCAACAUGUUGCCGGGCUGCUCUUCAUCCGCCAGCAGUUGGCGAAAUAUGAGAUUUGAUACGAAGAGUGGCACAGUGUAAUGCCGCUUUCUUUUGGAGCUGGUUUUUAUUGCCUCAUAUGAAUGAAUGGCGAAACACGGCCUGAUUUAACCGUCUAAUUUAUCCAUAAGGUUGUUCCAGCAACGGCGGCAGCUUGGAGCCUGCGUUUCCGCAAUCGGCCAUCCGCACUCGGCUGGCAAAAAUGAAUUCUGCUGGACGCACUCAAAUAUACAAAUAUUCAAAAAACCCGAUGCCCACAAAGCAAACACUUCCGCACCCUUUCAACCCGCAUCCCCGAGAUGUCAACCACUUGGGCUGGCCAAAAAUUGCCUUUCGGAUGACGACAGCUGUGGCGCGGAGUCGCAGGACGGCGAGCUCCCGCCGCAAAUGCUUCCCAAUCAGAGACGCGUAAUUAAAAUAUGUACAAACAGACCGAAGGGAAAACUCUCAUGUAAGAAAACACUGAGCAGCGCCAACUUUGUUUGCUUUGCCUGUUUUUCUAUAAAACCAAAAGCAAAACCAAAGCAACAAACACAACGGCGGCAGCGGGAAGCGCGGCCAGGCAAUAAUACCAAGAAAAACAUUUGCAUAAAGCAACAAACAGGGAAAUGGAUGGAUGGAGUGGGGCCCAGACGACCAGGACCUUCAAGCGGAAGUUAAUGAGAGCUGGGCCUUAGAGCUGGCAUCGUGACACGGGAUCAAGAAUGAAGGUUUCCAAAUGCAGGCAAUAACAAAUUUUCAACCUCGACCUAAUUCGUAUUUUGAUUUUUUGUAUAAGUUUGUUUAUUAAGCUAAAUAAAAUUAUGGUUGUGUCACAAAAUAUA